GGACUUUUGGUGGGGGUCGGGUUCGGGAAGCUGGCGCCCUGUAUAGGGUUUCCCGGAGCUGGAGCGGACGCAGCGGAGCCUCAGGCUUCAGUUCAGGCACUGAAUGGCUCGCCUCCAGUUGGCUCCAUGUCCACACGUGGACAUCAUGUUUCCUUUUAACAAAAUGGAAGCUUCGGAACUCCAUUCAAGUAGGCAAACCCGUUAUGAAAAAAGCAGCUCUACCCAUCAGUCUCGACUGGAGCACCUGAAAAACAACUUCCAGCAGAAGCUUCUAAGAGACAAAGAAGAGAAGCUGGAGACUAGCUGUACUCACAACAGGCAGAACACCUUUACUAAAGCCCAUAGCUAUCCCUCUUCUCAUUCUGCAGAAAACAGCCAGCGAGAUUCAGGAAGCAAUCAGCAGGGUCCAGGAAGUGGGGAUUUUUAUUCAGUCAGGGCCCAUACAUGGCACACCAAAACAGAUAACCAAGAAAACACAAUGCCCUUCACAAAGAAGAGAGCUGGUGUGGACCGUGCUUAUCCCCUCAAACCAGUGUUUCACCGAAAAUCGUUGAGUGCUACUCACAUUGGGAUGGACUCCGGAAACUUCUCCCUGAAACCAUCUGAAGCAAAAGAGGUCUCACCCAGCCACUUCAGCUUACAGAAUCGAGGGAAUUCAUCUUCAGCCAAGAUGCUGCUUGCUCCCCUACAAGGGGUUCAGCCCCCAAAAUUCUUGUCAAAUCCUGACAGAACUGAGUUAAUUCAGAUUCAAAAACUGGAGGCAGCAGGUGUGAGCUUAGAGGAAGAAAUUCGGAGAAAAGAAACUCUACUAAGGGAAAAGUUGAAGAAGACGGAGGAAGAACUUAGAAGGAUCCAAAAAGAAAAGGAACAGGUAGAAGAAGAAGAAGAAAAAAAAGAGCAACAGAGAAAAACAUUUCCUAGGAGAAGAGUCACAGGUAGCAGCAGCAGCAUUUCCAAACUCAUCUUCUCACCAGAAUUCAGGUCUGAAGAGGUCUUCAACAGUUAUAGCAGAGGUGAUAAAACAUGGGAACAGUCCCAAGAGAAUUCUAGUCCAUCCUCAGUAUGUUCCCAGUUCAUCAAUCAUAGAGUACAAAGACUCAAAAAGGAAAGAUUAGUGGCAAGUAACAAUAAAAUUCGAGACCAAAUUUCAGUAUCAUCCCCUGAGCUGUUUCCACAACACCAACAAGAUCCUGGCAAUUCUUUGCUCAAAUCCCCCAGUUAUAGUUCAUCUCAGUUAUCAGUCUCCUCAGGUUCCAGCUCUUCAACUGAAGAACCAGAACUUGGAGAGUGCAGCUAUUGUGGACGAAAGUUUCUCUUGCCAAGGCUAGAGAAACACACAAAUGUCUGUAGCAGGACCCAGGGUUCCAAGAGGAAAGUGUUUGACUCGUCCAAGGCCCGGGCUAAGGGCACAGAACUAGAACAAUACCUGACCUGGAAAGGCCCAACUUUAGCCAAGCCAGAGCCACCAAAGAAGAGUAACUGGCGACAAAAACAUGAAUCUUUCAUUCGAACUCUCCGUCAGGCCCGUGAAGUACAGCAGGUAAUCGCCCGGGGCGGAAAUCCCUCAGACUUGCCUCCCAUGCCACCUGCAGAAAACCCAGACUAUAUCCAGUGUCCCCAUUGCAGCCGCCACUUUGCCCCUAAGGUGGCUGACAGGCACAUUCCAAAAUGUAAGACCAUCAAGAAUCGCCCUCCUCCCCCACGGAAGCGCUGCUGUUGAGAAGGAAUCACCCAUGAAAUCUCCUGGUGGCCCUGUGAGCAGCACCUUCUCUUCAGCAGCCCACAGGAUUGGAACUGGAUGAAACUAUAAAGGAAUAGAACUUGUACAUCUCCCAAACAUGGCUGCGAUGCCAGAACUGGAGAGGAACCCCAUUUCUAAGCAAGGAGAAGGAAGCUUCAAGUUCUCACUGAACUGUAAAUUUAGGCAAAACUGAAGUGCUUUACAUUAUUUCCAUGGGA